AUGCCUCGUUGCACAAUAUCACGCGUUCUCGGGCUGGUCCCACUAACCUGGGUUUGUCUCGUGGCAACGUGGUUCUUCUUCCCGUCGCCGUCAGUGCCCACCUCACAGCGCGACGAGUACAUUCAAACCAAUCUUCGACUCGGCGGCGAACUGAGUACUAUUGUUGAAUACUCAAAGUCGUUCAAAUUCGGUGGGAAUCGCGGCUCACGCGAAUGUUCGGAGUGCGAUGGCAUCAUCCUUGAUUGGCGGCUGGAGAGCCACCGGACCACCGACAGUCUGCUCCUGCAUCUGGGCGAGGCUCGCAUCAACCUCACUGAAGCUACGCUAGCUGGGCCCAAGGCGGCACAGCCUGCAGAGGAACAGGUUGCAUACCUCAGCGAACCUUUCAAGGCCAGGGUACGUGCCGGUUCAAUUGACCACGUUACCGUCUUGCCUUGGUUCAGAUGGACGGACAAGAUCCUCAUCAACUGGAUCAUGUACAGAAAUCACGAAGACCUCGAAUUGAGACUCUUUAGCCCUACACCAGGGGUUGUGGAAGUGUGGAAGGAUAUCGCCAUGUGGGAGACUUGGAAGGCUGGCGUGCCGGUCCGCGACACCGAGCGCGAUGUUGGCCUCCUUGCCAGCUUCUCUCACCUGCAGACAGUCCAAUUCACCGGCGCAGAAGCCCUGAGAGCCAAUGCGGUCCAUACAGAGAUUGCACAUGUCCAGGGCCAGCUGCCCUCCAAGACUUGGCCAAUCCGUUCCAUCAUUGCUGGCCCGCUCUACGUGCCAACUUUUAUGUUUUCGCUGCUCAUCUGGAGCUUCACUUUCGAAAUGGUGCCCUUGACCAUUGUACUGGCAUUCCAGAUGAUUUGCAUACUGGCCAUCUUUGCCCGGGCCGAUCGACUCACGAUCUCACCUCGUCAAUGCUUCUGCAGGGACCGCAAGAAGAGGAAUCAGCAACACGGCAUUUGGGGUGCUGCUGGGCCCAUAGCCGACGAAGAAAAUGGACUCCUGGCCCUGAGACCAAAGAAACCCUUGGCAAUGCCAUCCAUUUCGAAGCCGUCGAGGUCGCGAGCCCCUGUGUUCGACAAGAUGUGA